AGCAGAGCCUACAGGCCCAGCUAUCACGUACGGUCAAUUAUUUGAAGUACGCUUGGGAUAAAAAGUAUCAGCCUGUUGUCACUCUCGUCGAUUGUUUUGCAAACGAGAAAAGCCACAAAAUGCCACGAUUGAAAAAGCGCGUCGAAGAGGCACCCGUUGUGGUCCCGAGGACGAGAGAAAUUCCGGAAACGCUAACUGCGGGCAGAGCGCGUCGUACGAUAAAGCCCAAUCCGAAGUACAUGAACGAUGAAAUGCUCAUACCUACGCGAAACACCAUCGAGGAGGAAGAGCAGGAGGAGCUCGAUAUGAGCGGCGAUGAGUACAUAGUUGAUUACGAAGAGAACGAUGAUCCGGAAGAUUCCGGGCUGGUCAUUCGGAAGUCCGUAGUCACGUCCACACCGCAGACGACGUAUGGACAACCAAGGCGCCGCGGUCGUCCACCGAAGCAAAAAAAUUUGGACGCUCCAAGAACGGAGCCGGUUAAAAAUCUACGCAAGGAGGUGUUGAAAAAGAUGGAUUACAAAACGAUUAGCAUUAGCAAAUCGCGGCACAUGGGAUCACAGUUUCUAGACGGAAGGCGCAAGCUGAAUUUGACUGCAGAUUCCAUCGAUGGUGACUCCGCCGAUCAAGAUGAAAUGGACGAUAUGGAGAUGGAAGAACACUCCCUUAGAUCCUCACAGAAGGCCCUCAAUGCGGCCUCUUUGAAAAAACAUUUGAUCGGCAAUAUCGGCGACCGACGUAGCAGCAUGGCCAACAGACGAUCGGAACAUGAUGGCACAACGGAGGAGGAAGAAUACGACGACGAGGGCGAGUUUGUGAACGACAGCGACGCAAAGCUGAGUGAACCGGAACCAACGGAAAAGGUCAAGCGCCCGGUAGGAAGACCUCGUAAGCAUCCGGUCAAGCAGGUGUCCCCGUUCGGUGGCAAAGUGCUACUUCCGGGCAUGAAAACAUCCACCACCAGCAGCACACCCAUUCUGAAGCGCAAAGCGAUCCAAAUGGAUGAAGUACAGCAGGAAGAAUCGCAACAGUCGAAAAUGUUGCGCCGUUCGUAUGGGAUGAAAAGUGUGAGUGGUGGCGGCGGCGGUGGUGGUGAAACAUCGAGCAAAACAGUCGAAAUUGAAUCGGACGAAAAUAGUGAGGGAAGAGAAAAACAGCUAAAACGAUCUGCCUCAUUCCAGACCUUGCCCCGCGGUCGUCCACCCAAGAACGCGUCCAACAGUGUCCAGCCCGGCGUCAAAUCGGAGCGGAAUGUCACGCAAGGGAAUCGCUCGUUUCCCGAAGUCAAACCCUCGAAGCCUACAAUAACGAUCGUCAAUGUGAACGAUAUAAUGAAGAUGAAUUCCAAGAGUGCAGCCGACCUGAGACGAAAGCUGGCUGAAGAGGAGGCCGACUCGGAGGAUGUGUCCGAGAUCGAAGAGAUGCAGACCGACCACCCGCAGGAUGAUGCGAAAACCAACAACCAGCUGGUGGCGUCCAUCCUGGAACGGAAGCGACCCAUCGCGCUGGAGCAUCUGCAAAGUGUACGGCGGCGGGUGCGCGAAUCGGGCGGCGAGAUGGUACGCAACCGAGUGGUGGAGUUGAAGCCGAAGCGUGUCGGAAGGGACGGUUCGGACAUGCUUACCGAAGAAGAUAUGGUUGACUUCGAGGAUGUUCUGCAGAAGAACAUUGUGAGCGCGAACAAGGGCGCCCGCUCGAUUACGGUCGGUGCGGUGCGAGGCCGUGGGCGACCACCGUCCCAUACGCCACAGGAUGAAAACUACAGUGCUGGUUCGCCAACCAGACGUUUCCAGCCGGGCGGCAAUCGGGUGAGUGUAGCCGGAAAACCGGUCGGAAAUCAGAGACGCUCGUUGCAACCGCCCCGAAUAUUGAACGCCACGAUGAAGUUGGGCGACAAUCAUCCGCGCUCAAAAAUGUCCGGCGGAUCGGGUGACAAUCAUUAUUCGAUUGACCUUUCCGAUCCGGACAACAAUGUGAAGCUAGUGUCUUCCUCGAACGAAAAUACACCAAUCAAACGAUCACCUGCGGCCAGUGGUCCGGUCGCACCGACACUAAGCCAAAAGCUGGCCGCCGGUGUUGGAAGCGUGGCAAAAGCGAUGCUGGGUGGUGUACGGACACGCUCACCGCUGGAACCGAAAAAGAAACGUGUCACCGUGUACGAAACGUGGAACGUGUUGCAAAUCAAAUCCAUCGAUUCGACGCUAAAACCGCCCCAUCUGGCCCUGUCCAUGAUCAGUCUCGGCAAUAUUGCGGACGAAAUUAAGCUACCAUCGUCCGCGUGGUCAUACCGUACGGUGGUGGAACAGCGCAAGAUCCCACCGGCGGACGGUGACGAGGUGUUUAUCGGCAAGACAGCGGAUAUCACCAUCCGCGAGGAAGAUAGAAUAAAGUACGUGCCGAACAAGAUCGUGUUCCGGCGUAAGGCUGCAUCGCCCGGACGCUUCAAUGUGCAGUACGAUCGGUCCGUAACGUUUUGUGACGAUACGUACAAGCUCAAUGUGGACGGGCAAUUCUGCAAGCUGGUUGCCGCACCGAGCCGACUAGAAACGGUCGAAGAUAUCGAAACGCUGCUGAUGAUUGUCGACUAUGUGGAUCCGAGGAAUGGUUGCCUUGAUUUGCCGGCGUCCGCAAGGAUGCAGAUAGCAAGGGAUGCUGCUACGAUGGCUAACAAGCGGUCCAUUGGUAGCAAGGAUCCGGUUAUAAUUUAA